AUGUUUCUGGGACGCAGCACAUUGAUAUCACAACUACUUCUGGCGACAUCGUGUCUAACACAGCUCGUCAGUUCCGAGACACAAUUUUCCGACCAUGAUGCUCCUAAACUCGGUGCCGUCGCGUCAGAAAAUAACAUUUGUAGCAGAAUUGGAACGCGAUUGCUAGAGGAUGGCGGCAAUGCCGUUGAUGCUCUUGUCGGUACCGUGUUUUGUGUUGGCGUGACGAGCAUGUACCACAGCGGCAUCGGUGGCGGCGGCUUUCUCUUGCUGAGAGCUCCCAAUGGAACUUAUGAGUUUGUUGACUUUCGAGAAUCCGCGCCAGCAGCGGCAUUUGAGAACAUGUACAAGGGGAAUGACGAGGCAAGCAUCUACGGCGGUCUCGCAAGCGGAGUACCAGGCGAGCUGAGAGGCACGGAAUACGUCCACAAAAAAUACGGCGCUUUAAAAUGGGCGGAUGUUAUUGCGCCUGCAAUCAAGCUCGCGCGGUUCGGGUUCCCCGUCACCGAAGACCUGGUGAAGUACAUGGACGCGACGAAGCCGAACGCCUUCCUCACAGAAGACCCAGCAUGGGCGAUGGAUUUUGCUCCGAGAGGACAUCGAGUGGGAUUAGGUGAAACGAUGACUCGAAAGCGAUAUGCGGAUACUUUGGAAACUAUUGCCAACGAAGGCGCCGACGCCUUUUACACGGGUGCCAUUGCAAAGGCAACGAUUCGGGCAUUGAAGGCCGCCAACGGAACCAUGACCUUGGAUGACCUCAAAAACUACACGGUUGCUCUUCGAGAACCAGUAGAACUCAAGUACAAAGGAUUCAAACUUGUCAGCACGAACGCUCCGUCGAGUGGUGUGGUGGCACUCAGUGCGCUGAACAUCCUGAGCGGAUUCGAUAAUUUCCAAGACCCAAGCCGAUCCAAUCUGUCAACUCAUUAUAUGGACGAGGCGAUGAAGUUCGCGUACGGCCAACGUGCCAAGCUUGGCGACCCUUCCUUCGUUUCCGGCUUAAACCAGUACACCAAGGAUAUGCUCUCCUCCAAGACUGGUGCUGAAGUUCGCUCCAAGAUUUCCGACAAGAAGACAUUCAACGUCUCGUACUAUGACCCCGAUGGCCUUGAGUCUCUCGAAACACCGGGAACAUCGCAUAUCGUCACGGCAGACUCGAAAGGCAUGUCCGUGUCCAUGACAACCACAGUCAACCUCCUGUUCGGAUCGAAUCUCAUGGUCCCCGAAACGGGCGUCAUUAUGAACAACGAAAUGAACGACUUCAGUAUCCCCGGGGAAAGUAACUCGUUUGGAUACAUCCCCAGCGAGGCAAACUACGUCAAACCCGGCAAGCGGCCUCUGUCAUCAAUAUCCCCCAUUAUCGCUGAGACGGCAAGUGGCAAGCUAUUCUUCUCGAUUGGUUCAGCUGGCGGCAGUCGCAUCAUCACGGCGAAUAUCCAGAACGCUAUCCACUUGUUGGACGGUAAUAUGACGGUGCCAGAUGCCCUGAAGCAACCGAGACUGCACGAUCAGCUUGUGCCCAGCCAGGUUAGCUUUGAAUAUGCGUACAACAAUGGGACAGUGGCGUAUAUGAAGUCGCUUGGCUACAAUGCCACGUGGGUGGCUCCGGGGCAGAGUACCGCACAGGGAUUGCGGUUAUUGCCUAACGGGACGUUUGAAGCUGGUGGAGAGCCGAGACAGAAGAACUCUGGUGGUUUCGCGGUGUAG